GGAAUUCAAUUCAGCACCCACCGAGUGCCAGCAGCCCGCCUGUCUCCUCUUGAGAGCAGGGACUGUGUCCCGGGUACUUACCGAAGUGCCUGGCAUAUAGUCGGCGCCUCAUACCUGUUUAUUGACUGACGGCUGCGUUGGUAAAGGCUGGUCCUCUGCACCACGUGAAAUCCUGAGUCCAGUCCAAAAGAAAAAAAAAUGUGCUAAGGCCUGUGCUGUAUACAAAGAGAAAAUAAAGGUGUUGACAUGACUCUAUGGAGACUCCUGUGGUCGAGGUUGUCUUGCCAGAACGCUUUCCUAGAAAGGGGAAGAAGGUGAUGCCGAUGGGCCCGCUGCCGGGCGCCGAGUUAGUCCAGACGCCGCUGCAGCUGUACCGUUACCUGCUGCGCUGCUGUCGCCGGCUGCCAGCCAGGAACAUCCAGGAGCACUAUAAGCACGCCAUCAGACAGAGUUUCCGAGUCCAUGCAGAUGAAGACAACCCGGAGAGAAUCCAGCAGAUUAUUAGAAGAGCCAUUGAAGAUGCUGAUUGGGUCAUGAACAAGUAUCAGAAGCAAAACUAAGAAGCCACCGAGGCCUUUAGAGCCCAGAGCGCAAAACCCAUUUGCCGUCAGCGGAGGCUCUGAGAUGCCAGCGCCCCUGGGGUGAAUUAUUGGCGACGCCUUCGAGUGCAGAUGUGCCCGGCUGACUCAGAGUGUCGAGGCAGAGGGGACAAUCUGGAGGGUCGGAUGCUUCCAGAGCCACGUGCACACGAUCAGCAGUAUCCUUCGCACCUGGCGUUGGAUUUGGGCCACAUCUGCCAUUGGGCGGCCAGUUUGGAGAGGGAGUUCUCAACUUCAUUGCUAAGUUUGGUUGCCUGUAUUUAUUCAUUGUUUAUCCAUUUGCUCCUCAAAUAAUUAUCAGCAGUCUAGUCAGAGACCAAGAAAGAAGUGUUUAUUGAACCUGUCUUGCGUGCCUAGCACCAUGCUGGGGGAGGGAAGAAGAGAAUUAGAAAUCUCUUGCCUUUCUUUCCAUCCCUAGUGCUUAGCACAGUGCCCGGCGUGAAGUAGACCCUUAAUAAAUGCUUAUCGACUGACUGACUGAUGUCAGAAUCAGCGCUCUUUCCCGUCGUAACACUUCGCGUGUGUGCGUGUGUCUUCUCAAAGAACCCAGCUCUUCUGCCUCACGCCCUCUCACCUGCAAGGAGGGAAAUCCAAGGAAGGUAGGAGACAAGUUGCCGACAGCAGCAAGAGCUGAGUGAAAGAAGGAAAGAAAUGCAGGAAGGCAGGACUUAGAAACAGCAUGAAUGCACCAGUCCCUUCUGUCUUGGGUAUCGCCUCCAGAUGGAAUCAGCUUUUCCAGGCUCCUUUCUCAAAUGAGGUUCUCAGCUGAACCUAGCAGUCCGAUGAGGGAAGUGGGGCAGGUCCCUGCGCUUAACAGAGAAGAAAAGUGAGACUGGUUCAGCGACUUGUCUGGGGAGUUUUUGAAUGAUUCUUCUCUUAGUAAAUGUUUUUUCUUUA